GUUGCGGAGACGAAUUAGGUCUUUGGCCGCACCUUCUCUAUCUGGGUGUGGUACUCGGGUGCGUCAUGCGGAACACGAACCAGCCAGGAGGUUCGCGCAAGGAGGAAGGCCAUGUUUAUUUGCAGUCGCUUCGCAGCUCUCAUCAAUAGCGAAAACUUAACCACAGAGCUUCCAUCGUACAACCAAGCGAAUACUUUCGCAACAUGGCGCAAUACAAAUCCUUUUCCGAUCUACCCAAAUUUGAUGAGCUUAAGGAUAAAAGACGCUUCUGGGUCGCAGAAGCAGGAACAAAAGACGAAGGCUUGGGCAUGCUGCGAUAUCUGACCCCCGAGCAUGUAGCUGAAGUAGUCCAGUCUGAAGUACGCACUGGGGAGCGCGUAUGCGUCAAUUGGGACAUGACAAGACUGGAAACACCCGGCUUCAAUCGCUUCCCAUGCGACCACCAAAUUGUACCCAUACCAAACUACGAAGGCAUCGCUUGGGACGAUAUAUGGCGCUUCAACCCUCAAGCAGGCUCGCAAUGGGAUGGCUUCCGCCAUUACGGCGCGGAGCAACCUAAUGGGAAACGCGCUUGGUAUGGCGGUACGACCGGAGAUGAAAUUUCUAAGAUGGAGAGCGACCGCAUUGGAAUCGGGCAUUGGGCUCAGGAUGGCAUCGCCGCAAGAGGCUUCCUCAUCGACUAUGUAUCAUAUGCCGAGAAGAAGGGCCAGAAAGUUAAUGGUAUGACUGGUCACGCGAUCACUCUCGACGAGGUGAAGGAGAUCGCUAAGGAGUGUCGCAUUGAGUUCAGGCCUGGAGACAUUUUCUUUCUGCGUUGCGGUUUCACAAAAACAUGGGAAUCGCUUUCUCUGGACGAGAAGAAGCAGUACCGCGCAGAUACGCAAGUUCAGAAGCACAAGCAUAGUGGUCUGAUUCAGAGCGAGGAAGUCACUCGGUUCCUGUGGGACAACCACAUUGUUGCCGUUGCAGGCGAUGGCGUCAGCUUCGAGGUCAGGCCCAACAAAGAUCACGAUUGGAGCUUGCACCAUAUAUGUCUUGCCGGCUGGGGCGUUCCAAUUGGUGAGAUGUUUGAUUUGGAGAGGCUCGCGGAGCUGUGCAAGAAGCUGAACAGAUGGACUUUCUUCGUCACUUCCAGUCCGCUAAACCACCCGAGAGCGGUGUCAUCGCCACCGAAUUGUAUGGUACUCUUCUAG